AUGGAUCGGGUGCGCAGACUAUUCAGCGAGCCUGUGGCGUACGAGCCGCUGGAGGAGACCCCCGAGGAAGAUGGCGCCGGAUCGGCAGAAACACCGGUACGGCCAUGGGCUCGGUUUUCAAGGUUGGAGUAUAGCGUCUUCUUCCUGCUGGGAGUGGCGAUGCUAUGGGCAUGGAACAUGUUCUUAGCUGCCGCUCCAUACUUCCAUAGUCGCUUUGAGUCGAACGAAUGGGCCGCAACACAUUAUCAGUCGUCGAUCCUCUCCGUCUCGACUGUCACCAAUCUCGCAUCCUCGUAUACUUUCGCACGGAUCCAGAAGAAUGUUUCCUACCCGUGGCGAAUUACCCUCUCACUGCUUAUCAAUAGUGUCAUUUUCACGCUGCUAGCAUUCUCGACUGUCGCUAUGACGGAUGUAUCCGUCCACGGAUAUUUUGUUUUUGUCAUGAUCAUGGUCUUCGGCACCAGCUUGGCCACGGGGCUCAAUCAGAACGGUGUCUUUGCGUAUGUCGCCGGCUUCGGGAGAGAAGAAUAUAUGCAGGCAAUUAUGAGCGGCCAAGGAAUUUCCGGUGUUUUGCCUUGCAUUAUCCAGAUUUUCUCCGUUUUGGCAGUACCACGAAAGGUCAAUGAUGACCAGAGCGGCGCUGGCAUGCCGCAGGGAUCAUCGCCGAAAUCCGCGUUCAUCUAUUUCCUUACGGCGACCGGCGUCUCGAUCUUCACCCUCCUGGUCUUCUUUUAUCUCCUCAGGAACCGAACGACCUCGCCACCGAAAACUUCGAAUGAAGAUGAGGACAGAGCGCUGGUCGACGGCGUCGAAGACAAAACCGUGAGCUUGUGGACUUUGUUCCUGAAGCUGCGAUACCUCGCGUGUGCGGUCUUUAUGGUUUUCGCCAUCACCAUGAUGAUAUUCCCGGUAUACACCUCCCGUAUCCUCUCGGUCAACGACCCCGAAAAGUCGCGGAUGUACGACCCGACGGUCUUUAUCCCGCUGGCCUUUCUCUUCUGGAAUGUCGGCGAUCUUAGCGGACGGAUGCUGGUGGCUAUUCCGAGUCUGUCUCUCACCCACCGGCCGUGGCUUGCGCUUGUCUUCUCUUUCGCGCGGGUUGCGUUCAUCCCGCUGUACCUGCUGUGCAAUGUCAGCGGCCAGGGCGCGACUGUCAGCAGUGAUUUCUUUUACCUGUUCCUCGUGCAGCUCCUGUUUGGUGUAACCAACGGGUACUUGGCUUCCAGUUGUAUGAUGGGUGCCAGCCAGUGGGUUUCGGCAGACGAACGCCAUGCGGCCGGAGGGUUUAUGGGAAUGAUGCUUGUUGGGGGUUUGACUGCCGGUAGCUUACUGAGCUUCGUGGUAUCUAGUUAA